AAACAGAUGAAUUUCCAAACUUUUACAUGGCUCCUGAAAAUGUCACCAGGGUCACUGAGUUUAUUCUCACAGGUGUCUCUGACUCUCCAGAGCUCCAGUUUCCCCUCUUCCUGGUCUUCCUGGUGCUCUAUGUGCUGACCAUGGCAGGGAACCUGGGCAUCAUCACCCUCACCAGUGUUGACUCUCGACUUCUGACCCCCAUGUACUUUUUCCUGCGACAACUGGCUAUCAUCAAUCUUGGCAAUUCUACUGUCAUUGCCCCUAAAAUGCUGAUUAACUUUUUACUAAAGAAGAAAACUACCUCAUUCUAUGAAUGUGCCACCCAACUGGGAGGGUUCUUGUUCUUCAUUGUAUCGGAGGUAAUCAUGCUGGCUUUGAUGGCCUAUGACCGCUAUGUGGCCAUUUGUAACCCUCUGCUCUACAUGGUGGUGGUGUCUCAGCGGCUCUGUCUCCUGCUGGUCUCCCUCACGUACCUCUAUGGCUUUUCUACAGCUAUUGUGGUGUCAUCUUGUGUAUUUUCCAUGUCUUAUUGUUCUUCCAAUGUAAUCAAUCAUUUUUACUGUGAUAAUGUGCCUCUGUUAGCAUUAUCUUGCUCUGAUACUUACUUACCAGAAACAGUGGUCUUUGUAUCUGCAGCUACAAAUGUGGUUGGUUCUUUGAUUAUAGUUCUAGUAUCUUAUUUCAACAUUGCUUUGUCCAUUCUAAAAAUACGUUCAUCAGAAGGAAGAAGGAAAGCCUUUUCUACCUGUGCUUCACAUAUGAUGGCAGUCACAAUUUUUUAUGGGACAUUGCUAUUCAUGUAUGUGCAGCCUCGAAGUAACCAUUCAUUAGAUACUGAUAAGAUGGCUUCUGUGUUUUACACACUGGUCAUUCCUAUGCUGAAUCCCUUGAUCUAUAGCCUAAGGAAUAAGGAUGUGAAGUCUGCUCUACAGAAAUUCAUGACAAAUCAGUGCUAUCCUUUAAAACAAUGUAAUUUUAAAUGGUACAGAUAAAUAAGGAGAGAGUUAAUAGAAGCUGCCAUUAUGUGAGAGAAAAUGUAGGAAAAAGAAAAGGUAGGU